AUGGCGGCGGGAAUCGCGGUGAUCGGAGCAGCAGAUCCUGUAAGCAGCGCCGCUGGCGCCGCAGCGGGCGGCGGAAUUAGCGGCGGAUUAGCGGUCGCCGCCGUUAGGUCAGGAAGGCGCCAGAAAACACGAGGAAGGUUCGUGGCAGCUGCUGUUACAGGAGGUCUGCCCGAGGGCGAAAUUCCUAACAGCCAGCUGGCUAAUAACGAGGUGGCAACUAACGCCGCGCACAAUAUUACAAACUCUCAUGCAGCGGCCCUGGAGGCGCGUGAGGGGCCUCUGCAAGCAGACGACAGGAGGGGGGAGCACCUAAGGAUGGUUGAGGCGCCUCUAGAGCCAGCUUGUGCGGGACCGCUUCACCUGGUCGGUAGCGGGAUAGCGGGGAGGAAAAAGCGCGGAGCAGCAGAGGCGUGGGAAGCGCGGAUGCAGGGGGCAGGGGAGGGGGAAGAGGGGGAUGGGGAGGAGGAGGUGGUGGAGGUGGAUGGGGAAGAUGUGGGGGCGGGCGCUUUAGAAGAUCUGGAGAUGCGGAUGGCAGCGCUGCAAGAGAGGCACAUGAGGCUGCGCCAGAGGCUGCUGGGUGGUGAUGUUGACAAUGCUGCUGCACCUGGGGGAGCACCUGAAGGAGCACCUGAGGGAGCACCUGGGGGAGCACCUGAAGGAGCACCUGGGGGAGCACCUGGGGGAGCACCUGGGGGAGCACCUGGGGGGGCACUUGGGGGAGCUGCAGGGAGCGGUGGUGCAGGUGCGGGUGCUGACAGAGGAAUUGUGGAGAAUGGUGUUGGGAGCACAACUGGGGGGAAUGCUGAGAAUGCAGGUGCAGGUGCAGCUGAGAAUGCUACUGCAGGGGAUGUCAAGGGGAUGGGUGAAGGGGUUUUGGAUGCACCUCAAAAGGAAGCUGACACGGGUGUUGAAAAGGGAGAUGAUCAUAAGGGGACCGGUGAGGGGGUUGGUGCACUGUGUGUUGAGGGGAAGGAGAGGGAUGUGGCUGUGAGUGGGGGAGAAGAGAGCGGGGCAGGAUUGGCAGGAGAAGCAGCAGAGGCUGGGAGAGGGGCAGUAGAUGCACUGGCACUGGCAGCUGGAGAUGUUUCUGAUGUUGCCGUACAGGAUGUUGCCGUAGAUGAUAAGGGAAGUGGUGGGGGGUUUGGCGCACUGUGCGUGGAGAAGAAGGCAAGGGACGAGGGGCAGACUGGGGGAGAAGGCGAAGGGAAAGCGGUUGGCGGAGGGGAAAAUUUUGGGGCAGGGGAGGAGAUGGGAGGAGUGAGAGCAUUAGUCGAUGGGGCGCGAGAGGGGGUGAAAGUCGAAGAGGGGGAAAGAGCACAGGAAGGAGGAGGAGGAGCAGGAGCAGGAGGAGCAGCAGGAGGAGGAGCAGCAGGAGGAGGAGGAGCAGGAGGAGGAGUGAGUCAAGGAGGGGGAGAAGGGAAGGAGGAGGAGGGCAGGCAGAGGGUGGUGGGGUUCACGGGGCAAGGGCAGGCGGUGGUGCUGGUGGAAGGGAGGCGCGUGCUGCUGCGCAUUGAUACCUCUUUCCAGGGGACACCCAGAGAGAGCUUCUUCUGCUCCCUGCACCACACCCACGACCACACCUCCCCACCGCAGCACACCCCAGCAGACCACACCUUUGUACAGCACACUCACUCAGACAACGCCGAGGGCAAUCAGAAAGAGGACAACGGCAAGUCGCAUGCGGGAGUUCUUGAAGCGCCACGUGGCGGGCUGAGAUUGGUGGACUCCAGCGUGCCUCCCUUCCUUCCCAUCAGCCAGUUAGAGCAAGACUUCCUGCCACGUCAGCCUGAGCUGAACGCGAGAAUUUUCUCCUCUCAUCCCGCCACUUUCUCCUCCCUGCAGUUGUGCUUCCUUUUCCAAAUUCCUCUUUUGAAGCUCUCCCACCAGCUCUUUGCAUUCCCUAUAGCAUCUAGAGCGGGCCUGGGAGGCCCCUCUUUCUUCAGUGACUUGCAUUCUCAUCCUCCAUCCAUUUCCUCCCGUUCAUCCUUGCACCCACCAGUUGGAGCAGGCCUCGAUCUCUCCAUCCGCCUCACCUACGCUCUCUCUUCCUCCCUCCCCUCCCACGUCACUGUCAUGGCGUGGCCCUGCACCCCCCUCGCCCUCUCCCUUCUCCAAUCCAAACGAGCCACCGCUUCUGCUGUCAAUGCGUCCGAUGCCGCUGCCAGUGCUGCGGCUGCAGCAUCAGGGCCUUUGCCGCAACACUCCCACAAGCGGAAAGCAGUGGAAGGACGGCCUGGGGGAGGAAGCGGCCCGCAUGCAAGGUCCCACAAGGCAAGCAAGUCGGGCAAGUCAGGCAGGGGGAGCAAGUCGCGGCGCAAGAAGGGGCAGCGGGCUCGAUGGUACCGUGCCAAGAGCUAUCGGGUGAACAACCAGGGGGGAGGGCAGGUUGUGCAGGGGGGAGCGGGGCAGGAGGGAGCAGCGCAGUGGGGUGAAGGGGAAGAAGGGGGAGAAGGGCAGGGGGAAGAAGGACAGGGGGUAGCAGAGCAGGGGGGAGCACCGCAGGGGGAGUGGGUUGAUGGUGGGGAUGCUUCUGUUGGAGAGGAGGUGGAUGAGCGGGUGCAAGGCACAGAGGUGGAUGAGCGGGUGCAAGGCACAGAGGUGGAUGAGCGGGUGCAAGGCACAGAGGUGGAUGAGCGGGUGCAAGGCACAGAGGUGGAGGGGGAGGUGAAGAGUGGGGAGGAGGGGGAGGGGCUGAUAAGUGCGGAGGGGGAGCAGGAGGGGAGGGUUGAGUUGACUCGAGGGGCAGUGGAGGCAAAAGUUGUUAUUGAGGCGCCUAAGAAAUCGUCUCACGAGGUAGCAGAGGCGGAGGUUGUGGAAGGGGAGGGAAUGAGCGGGAAGAGUGUUCUGAUGGAGGAAGUCGGGGUGCGAGAGAUGGAUGUGGGAGGACUAGGAGGAGAGGGGGAAGAAAGAGUGGAUGAGCGAAACGGAGGGGAGGGUGAGGAGGGCAGAUGUGGAGGAGGAGGGGCUGUGUUGGUGGUUGGGGAAGCAGCAGCAGAUGAAACGAUGAUGGCAGCAGCGGCAGGGAUUCUGACCGCUGAAAGGCAACUGGAGCCACCGCCCUUGUCCGCGGCACCAACAUCAACACCACGAGCGACAGCCAAAUCAGCAGCAGCAACAACAGCAGGAGCUGUGAUUGCACCUGGAGGGCUCAAGGAGGAGAGAGUGAUGAGGGACGAGGCAGGAGUUGCAGAGAUAGGGAGCGAGGAGGGUGCUGGCUUGGCAGCUGAUACUGCUGUUGAGACUGCUAGUCAUGCUGCUGCUGCUGGUGCUAUCAGAUUGGAAGGGCUCAAGGAGGAGGGAAUGAUGAAGGAAGAGGCAGGAGUUGCAGAGAUAGGGAGCAAGGAGAGUGCUGGUUUGGCAGCUGAUACUGCUGUUGACACUGGUGUUACUGCUGCCGGUGAUAAUGCUGCAGCUGGUGUGGGUCACUCACGUGGGACAGAGCAGCAAAAGGGGCAGCACCGAAGCAUGGCUUUUGAGGAUACAGGGAGAGGAGGGCAGGAGGAGGGGAGGACGGGAGAGCAGGAUGCAGCUGCGACAGAAAACAUGGUAGGUGUAGUUGGAGAAGCUUAUAUGGGGGACAAGAUGGUAGCGGAGGGUGUUGAGGGUACAAGGUCUGUCAAAGGGGAGGGAAGGGAGGAAAGGGUGGUGGAGGGUGUGAGUGGGCUGGAGGGUGGGCGAGGAGGGGUGGGAAUGGAAGGAGGUAAGGGCAUGAAUGGUAUGGAGGGAAAGGAUGGUAGUAUGGCACUGGGCAUGGGUGUGGAUGGUGACAGGACGCACAUGGCAUGGGAAGGAGGGGGGACGGAGGAGAAGAGGAAGAUAAAAGAUGAGGCGGGGCAGGCAGAGGUGGGGCAGGCAGAGGUGGGGCAGGCAGAGGUGGGGCAGGCAGAGGAGGAGAGGAGGAAGGGGGACGAGAGGACUGAGGGGUGCAGCAGAGGCGGGGGUGGGAAGGCGAAGGAGGCACAGGCAGCAGCAAGAGGUGUGGCAGUAGCUGCAGCUUCAGAAUCUAAACCGCCUGUCCCAGCAGCAGCAACUGCCGCCGCACAAGCUGCUGCAGUGGCACGAGUGGGCAUAGACUGCACAGGAGGCACAGAAGAUGCACAAGGGACGGAAAGGGCAGAAGGCGAAGAGAGAGCAGAAGAGGGUUCGCGGACAAGCAUGGGGAGGGAAGAUGGGCGCAUGGCAGAUGAGGCAAAUGUGGCUGUGAAUGUAGCGGAUGUUACUGGGGGGAAAGAGGGCGCAGCUACGGGUGGUGACAGGGAGACCUGUGAGGAGACGUGUGAGGAGACGUGUGAGGAGACGUGUGAGGAGACGUGUGAGGAGACGUGUGAGGAGACGUGUGAGGAGACGUGUGAGGAGACGCGUGAAACAGUGGAGGAACGGCAUGGGAAGGGAAAAGAGUCACAGGGGUUCGGUAGCGAGGGGAUGGACGCCAAAGGUUGCAUGCUUGCAGCAGCACACACAGGAGAGGGCAGGAAGGACGAGGUGGAUCUGUUUCCUCCCGAGGCAGCAACAGGUGCAGUGGGGACGGCUGGGGGGACGGCUGGGGGGACGGCUGGGGGGACAGCGGCAGCAAAUGAAGUAGCAGCACGCACAACGGAAGGCAGGGAGGAGGUUGACUUGUUUCCUCCAGAGGCAGCAGCAGGUGCAGUGGGGACGGCUGGGGGGACGGCUGCAGCAGAUGAAGUAGCAGCACACACAGGGCAAGGUAGGGGGGAGGUGGACUUGUUUCCUCCCGAGGCCGACUGGUUGCCUGCUGACGGCCUUGCUGCCGCUCCAAUGGAGGAGCUGUGCUCUCAGCAUGCGCUGCAGCCAUACACGCCCGUUCGCCUGCUGGCUGCUGAAGCGAUUCUUUGCCAGAAGGCGCUUCCCCUGGGUAAGACCUCCUCUCCCUGCGCCUCCCUCUCCUCAGCACGCACUCUGCAGCUCGACACGCCCACUUCCCCUGGGUAA